UCUAAUUGUGCACUGUGCGCUGACCUGUCAGGCCGUCGCUCCCUCGGCGCUCGUUGCCGUGCGCGCCGAAGAAGCGCGCGCGCUCCGAUAUCGACCAGAGACCCUGGUCCUCCUCCGCGUCUCAUCUCCUCUCGCCCAGUCUCGGCCGACUAGGGCGUCCGCACGCAUUAUCGGUCGAACCCCAAGCCCGCCGGGACGCGGCAACGCCUGCCUGAAGCAUCUCCGAGAGAAUCGGCCGUUGAAACGUGUGCGGUUUCUCCCGCGUGCUGAUGACAGACCGAACGUCGGCGCAAAGAUGACGGGGAAGAUGCCGAUCGGUCGGUAGUCGAAUACCGAUCUGCAUACAUUCCUCCAGCAGACGAGGAGCUUGCAUCCUCCCGAUGUUCGCGUCUGUACGUAUCGCUCUCCGGCGAGAGUGCGGAUUCUGUAUGGAGCAAAUGCGAUCGAUGGGCUGACGGUGUAUUAAUUAAAGAAGCAACAGCUAUUGUAUUGACAGACGGAGCGACGAGAUUGUUUUGCAGAUUAAAAUUGCAUUAUGAGAAGAAUUGUAGACUUGGAUAUUGAAAAACGCUGGAAAACGCUAAAGCGCACCGAUGAACAUGUAUUACGCUCAGUUGUACCUGCGAAGCUACAGUGAAUGAGAUACAGUGGAAAUUACAGAAAAAUAGUUGUCUGAGAACUUCAUUUCUUCAAACUCACAUGCACGAAGAUACAAGGCUCGGCUGAAUAAAUACAAUCGAUGGAUACAUGUUCUCUGAAGAUGUGCACGCCAUUAACGCGCAAUCAAGUAGAUGCUAGAAAAAAAAAGAGUGAAACUUUAAAUGGGACGAAGAAGAAGCAGGAAAGAACAGAUUCUGUUGCUCUGUGCAUAGAUACAUUGUAUCUAUGCGCUGCAGUCAGUUAGUUGUACGUCAUUGCUACGAGCACGGUGGUGGAAAUAAUUGAUAAAUAAUUGAUGGAGCGAUCUUCCGCCUUGAACGGGAAUAUUCAUAUGCUGCCAGUUUAAUCUCAAAAGGAGCAGUACAAUAGUGCGAGUGAUUGAUAGUAAUUGAUAGAAGUGACAGAUAGAAGUCUCUCAACUAAAUUAGACCUAAUGUAGAUUACCCAUUAACGACCGGUUUAGUUUUAUACGGGCGAAAAAAAAACGUUCAAUGUACAUGUUCAACAACAAAAGUACAGGGAUCUGACUGUCGAGGAGCAAGUGUGAAUGAAACAGAUAUAAAGAAAUUCGAACAACAUUUCGCACAAUCAUAAAUCAAAUAAUGAGAAAAUCAUAAAUCAAAUAAUGAGAAUCGAUAUGCGUUUCGCAGAAGCAGAGCCAACGCGUACGUUAUUGCACUAGCAAACAUGUCGAAUUGAGAAAUCGAAACAAAUUGUAGCGAUUAAACUGAAACGCCCCUUGAAACGAAUGACACUGCGACACUUCUUGAUUAAUGUAUUGUUAUAUAUGCUAUCUGAACGACCGCGGUGUCCAGUCAACGAUCUACUAGUCUUCCAGGUCCAUGGCGACGGCCGCGAACAUCAACAAGAGGCUGGAUUGCAUUUGUGAAACGUGCUAAUUAAUCUCGCAAUCUCGUAAUCAUCGUUACAAAAUUCAUGGACCAUACGAACAUAUCACGUAGAAGAAAUGUGAGUUUAAUGAUCGUAAAGAGAAUAAAAAAAGAGAACAACGGGAAGGAGAGAAAGAAAGAGAGAAAGGAAACGUUCGCCAAUUUGCAGCUCAUUCAAAUAGACAAUCAUUAAGCAAACGAUACCUGCUUCGAUAUCAAUAGAUACGUUUGCCCAUUUUGUAUUUUGCACGCGCGUAUUACACGACGGGUUAACUCGUGUAAAUACUGCUAUGUUCGAUGCAUUUGUUCAUUGCGCUUCCCGUUGCGAAUUAUAAAAUUGACGAUCAAUAAUUAAAAACGAGCUUCAUAAUCAAUAAUUAAAAACGAUAUAAGGACGAUACAUAUAUCAACAAGGACUGAUAGAAGAAAAAUUUGAUUUUUGCAAAGAGAGUGCUGGAAAAUAUAAGGACCAAGACUGCUCAAUUAAAUUUUAUGUCAUAAGCUGCUGUUCUUUGUGCGAGAAUUUUAAUACGAUGGAAAACAUUUCAUUAUUAACAUAUCCCUUUUGUAUUAGCCGCUGAUGAAAUGUGCAGCGGAAAGAUUCAUAAGUCUGUGCGUCGUAAAUUCGUGUAUGAUUUCAAAUAUUUAACGAAACAGAUGUUUGAAUCGAUUACGAUAUCAAUGUUCCCUGUUAUCGCUAUCGACAGUGGUUAGUUACUGGAACGUGAUUCAUAAUCACUUAUUUGAUAAUCUUUUAUCAAAUAAGUGGACAUAAUGUAUAUAUUAAUAGUGGAGUUGCGUCUCACAUGUACGAAAGUGUUUGAUGCGCGCACCAACCGCUUUGUUAUGCGUGAACAUCAUUGUCCCGAGGAGGCACUGUUCCGCAGCGGCAAAAAAGCUGUUGACGAUGAGAGUGCCACGGCAUUAAUCAAGACCAGAAUACAAAAAGGAGGUCUACGACUACGAAGAUGGCUGAUCGCAAUACUGAUUUUUCUACUAAUAUCACUUUUCAUUAUCAACAAUUACAACAUCGGUCAAUUUCGGAUUAUUCGAUUCGGUGCAAUGGCCAAAUCGGACCCUCAAACUGUAGCAACGCAGGAAUAUGAAUCAGCGUCAACCACGUAUACGUCGAUAGGUAGUGGCGGAUUUCUAGUUCAUAACAAAGGAUGCCGGCUGCCUGCUAUGGAUCCUUUCGAUCCCGCAGUUCAACGUUUUAUACCUCAGGAAACACCUUUCGAAUGCGAAUAUGGAAAUUCUCCACCACUAAUUGAAGCGAAUAAUACCGCGCUGUUUAUUAACCCGCUGGCAUGGAACGAAUUCUACAACAGCUCGGAGAGCAUAAAUUGCUGCUGGCGACCGUUUUGGCGGCCAAAGGACAACGAUAAUUCUGUUGUAUAUGACGCACAGUGCUAUCCUUUUCAAGGCUCCUUCACCGUAAACACCGAGUUCGUAAAGGUCGAGUGUUAUCGAAAAAACGAAAUGAUAUACAGGGAUUAUUACGCUUUCUUACCUCGCAAGCCUUCGGUGGAGGAAAGAUGCAAGCAGGCGCUGAGCGCGGAUUCGGCCGCCGGCGAUCGUCUCAGUGUCCUCGUUAUCGGACUCGAUUCGGUUUCCAGGAUGAACUUCCACCGUAUGAUGCCGAAGACCUUGAAAAUCCUGCAGUCCCUCGGCGCGGUGGAGAUGCUGGGCUACACCAAGGUCGCUGACAACACGUAUCCGAAUCUCGUGCCGGUGCUGAGCGGUCUGAGUCAGGAGGAGCUGCAGAGUAUAUGCUGGCAGACGACUGACAAAACCUUCGACGACUGCCCGCUUCUGUGGAAGAAGUUCAGCGCCGCCGGUUACCGCACGAUGUUCGGCGAGGACGCCUCCUGGAUGACCACGUUCAAUUACCUGAAAAAGGGAUUCAGCGAGCCGCCGACGGAUUAUUACCAGCGGCCCUUCUUCGUCGGCGCCGAGAACGACAUCGGCAACACCCACAAGUCGAACGCUCACCUCUGCCUCGGCACGAGGAAGACGUUCGACUGCCUGCUGGAUUACGGCCGCAAAAUAGCGCUCGAGUUCUCCACGGAGCUCUACUUCGCCUUCAUCUGGCAGGCCAGUCUCACCCACGACUACUUCACGUACGCCAGGCAGGGCGACGACUCGUAUCACGAUUUCGUCGAGUACGUGUCGCGCGAGGGUUUGCUCAGUCGCACCGCCCUGAUCGUGAUGAGCGACCACGGGAUGCGGUGGGGUCAAUUUCGGCAGACGUAUCAAGGACGAAUCGAGGACAGUCUGCCGUUCGUGUUCAUCGUGCUGCCGCAAUGGUGGAGAGAGAAGUACCCGCUGGCUUGGGGCAACUUGCGCAGGAACGGCCACAGUCUCACGACGCCCUUCGACCUUCACGAAACGUUGAAGGACCUGCUGAAUCCGCAAGCGCUGCGUGAGCCGUUCCUGAAGAGGCGCAUCAGGGUGCAAGCGGCGUCGCCGGUUUCGCGCGGCAUCAGCUGGUUCAUGCCGGUGCCGGACACUCGCACCUGCGACAUGGCGCAUAUAGCGAAUCACUGGUGCAUGUGCCACACCAGCAACACCGUCUCGCAGAACGACACCAAUCUUCAAGACAGCGUGUCGUUCCUCAUGAAUGAAUUGAACACCAUGCUGAGCAGGUAUCCGCUCUGCGCGACGCUGCGCCUGAAGCUGAUCAAGGACGCGAACGUGUGGCUGGACAUGACGGACGGCGCGACGCUGAUGGAUUAUACAGUGACUAUACAGACUGUGCCGGGUGAUGCGGUCUUCGAAGGUACGAUACGCUACAAAGCGGAUGACAAUACUCGCAAGUUAGUCGGAUCGGUCAGCAGACUGAACGCUUACGGCACGCAGAGUGCCUGCGUUGACGAAUUCAACAUGCGUCUGUACUGCUACUGCCUUUAGGCGCGACAUAUCUGAUGAUGGUUGGCGCGUCAACUUUUUGUAUCUCAUAAUUUAAAUCGGGGCUUGAAGUUGAAGACAACUGAGGUUCACUUAGAUAGCUUAGAACACCAUUAUAUUGUUUCGACAAGUUUCAUUCAAGUUUUUAAAAUAGAUAUUAGAAUAUUCACUUUUUAUAGGAUAAUUUAAAUCGGAGCGAAGAGGAGAAUUGAAGUUUGAGUAAAUUUGGAGAACAAUUGCAGCUUAAAACUGUUCCGAUGAACUUCGUACAAUUUUGUAAACGAUUAUUAAAGUGUGUGUUAACGUUUUGUAAUUGAUAAUUUAAACUGAAGCUUGAUAUUAGAGAUAAUUCGAUUAGACAGUUAAGAGAACCAUUACAUAUAAAGCUAUUUUGACAAACUCCACUCAAUUUCGCAAGUGACUAUUAGAAUAUUCAUAUUUUAUAUCUGAUAAUUGAAAUCGGAACUUGAAGAGAACUGGAGUAGAUAGUUUGGAGAACAAUUACAGUGUAAAAUUGUUCUGGCAAACUCCAACUGAUGAAAACUGACAAUGUUUUUGUAUGUACAACCGCCAAGCAGCUUGAUAAUAACAUAAAGAAAUCACCCACAAAAUCCAUAUUCUAUAUAUCUUGAUACGAUAUUUAUGAACCUUUAUUGUAUCGCGAACAUUCCGCACAACUCAGUAUUCAUUUACACAUAUAUUCUUCCACACAUUUCAUUGUGAUUAAGUGAAUUAUGCAAUAAUAGAUAUCUACAAAUGUUUAUGUAGAAUUGUCUGAUUAGAUGCUCGCGCCCACCUCGCUCUCUGCAUCUUUCUCUCACUCAAUCACUUGCUUGCCAUUGCUUGCUCAUUCGCACGAACGUCAUAGUCAGACAGAUCUACACUAAUUCGAUGAAGAAAUGUAUUUCCUUCGCUAUAAUUCGUAUCAAAAUGGCUAUCGUACGGACUGUCCCGCACCUUUUCUAUCAGUUCUUAAGAUUAUCAAUAAGCUUUUAACAUCUGUAAACUAAUGUAACAACAUAUUACGGCGAUCAAUCUGAGCGACCAAUCCGCCGACGCUAUACAAAUAAAAAAGGAUAUUUUACUAUUCUC